CCAUUCAUUAAGACCACUUGGAUCUCAAUUUAUAAAUGGUACAUUACAUUAAAAACUAUUUUUUUUUAAUAAAAAAUUGAAUACAAAAACUUAACCUACUUUAAAAUUUAUUUUCAAUAGAGUCAAAUUAGACCUGUUAAAUAAAGUCACAUUUAAUGACUAAAUAACAUCCUAGCGUUGAUUCAAACAAACGUCAACUCUUUCAAGCAUUUUUUUGCAUUUUCUUGUAAUCCAAAGUAUGUCCGCAAAUAAUUUUGGAGACUAAAAUAACUGACUUAAUAUAUAUUUUAUUUGUUUUCAAUUUUAAUUUUUUACUUCUUGAAGUUUGUAUUUGUUUUGUUGGAGUUUGUUUGAAGUCUUACAUUGUUUAGGGUCCCGAACUGUUGAAUGUAUAAAUAUGUGAGGGCAAUCUAUUAGAGCCGGGUUAAGGACUGCAAUGUGGACAUUUGACUCAGACAUAUGCUAGGCGUGAGGGUGAGUGUUGAAAUUGGUACUUGUGUUGUUGGAGUUUGUUUGAAGUCCUACGUUGCUUAGAUUCCUAGACUGUUGAACGUAUGAAUAUGUGAGGACAACCUCACCCUUUGAGUUAACUUUUGGUAUUAGAGCUUUGAGCCAACUUUUGGUUUUAGAGCAGUGUUAAAUCCUGCAGUGUUGACAUUUGACUCAGACCCAAGAUAGGUGUGACAAUGGAUGUUGAAGAUGGAUUUUGAAUAAUGGAUAAAUGUGCAUUUACUCUUUUUAUGGGUUUGUUGAGUUGACAGGGAGACUCAAUUUUAUUGGUAAGUGUCAUUUUCUCAAAUGGAAUUGCCGCGUGAACAUGACCGGUUCUGUUGUUUUGUUUAGAACAUAUUAAUGAAUCAAGUCAACUAUACUCCAAAACCAAUUCUAACACCACAUGCAUAAAUAGACCCAAAAAAACACAAACCUUAAAACAUCACAAAUAGUUAGCUUUCAGACUUCAUAGAGUGUCAUACACAUGGAGUUCAUUCUUGUGCUUUUCAUGAUCUUUGUUGUGUCUACAAAUUCAAACUCAGUAGCAGCCUCUCCCUCCACCAACAACUCUCUGUGUCCAGUUGACAUGAAUUAUGUAUUAACAGUUCCUUGGAACACCUCUACCUGUCUUACCCAAAACAAACCACAAACAAGUCUAUGUUGUCAAACUUUGCUGUCACUUUUUGGUAUAGCACUAGCACAAAACCUCAACAAGAAUUCUCUUUUCCAACUCCCAAACCUAUCUACCUCCACCUCAUGCCUUCAAGACUUCCAAACUAAGCUCACUUCCCUUUCACUUCACAACGACCUCGUCUCUUCAUGCUUUGAUCCACUUCAAUUUGUUAUCACUCCUAACAUCUGUGCUCGUAUUCAAUCUAAGCAAGAUUGGUUCAGCAGCGUCGGUCCUGAAUCAUUGUUCAACACUUCUUGUAAACAAGACCUUAGUGUUUCUACCAACUGUGAUGCAUGUGUUGAUCAGGGACUCAAGGUUCAAGAGAAGCUGAAUCAAAUUGAUGGUAAUAGUUCACAUUCUAAAGAUUGCUUUUACUUCACUAUACUUUACAUUGCCGGAGUUGUGAAUCAGUUUGGCCCUGAAAACAUCGGUGUUAUGUCUUGUAUUCUUGAACUGCCUCUUAACUCUCAAGUGGUUUCCAGAAAAAAGAGCCAUCAUGCACUUGUUUUUGGGUUAAUCGGAGCUUCAGUUGCAUUCAUGGUUAUCAUGUUUUCUUUGCUUGGCUUCUAUUUUUGGCACACUGGUUGGUUAAAGAGAAAAAGGACCGGUAAUUUUUUAAGCCAUGCUGAUCCAAGGGAACAACGGUCCAUCCUAAGAUUUAGACCAAACACAGGGUCAAUUUGGAUCAAAUUUGAUGAACUUGUGAAGGCCACUGACAAUUUUUCACUCCAAAACUUUAUCGGUAGAGGUGGAUUUGGGAUGGUUUACAAGGGGAUUCUAUCAGACGGCACAACUGUCGCUGUUAAAAGGAUCGAAGAAUCUGAUUUUCAAGGGGAUGAUGAAUUCUACACUGAAGUCGAAAUUAUUAGCAAGUUGAAGCACCGCAAUCUAGUGCCGCUUAGAGGCUGUUGUGUGGUCGAUGAGGAUCAUAAUCAAGAACACAGAAAUAGGUAUCUUGUCUACGAUUAUAUGCCUAAUGGUAACCUUGAAGAUCAUCUCUUUCCAUCCAUGGUCAACGAAAACGAAAAUAAAUUGUUGACUUGGCCUCGAAGAAAAAACAUAAUCUUAGAUGUGGCAAUUGGGUUGGUUUAUUUGCACUUUGGAGUCAAACCUGCUAUUUAUCAUAGAGAUAUCAAAGCUACCAAUAUACUACUCGAUGCGGAAAUGAGAGCAAGGGUUGCAGAUUUCGGACUGGCAAAAGAAAGCAGUGAAAGUAGGUCUCAGUUGAAUACUAGAGUAGCCGGGACUUACGGAUAUCUUGCACCAGAAUAUGCGCUUUAUGGUCAGUUAAGUGAGAAGAGUGAUGUUUACAGCUUUGGUGUGGUUGUUUUGGAGGUUAUGUGUGGAAGAAAAGCUCUUGAGUUGUCUUCAUCAGGAACACCUAGUUUCUUGAUCACGGAUUGGGUUUGGUCGUUGAUGAAAGCUGGAAAUUUAGCAGAAGCUUUGGAUGGUUCUAUGUUGGUGGAUGAUGGGGAGUCCAAUGGUAGAAAUAUAAUGGAGAGGUUUUUGGUGGUUGGAAUUUUGUGUUGUCAUGUAAUAGCUGAUUCAAGGCCAACAAUUUUGGAUGCUUUGAAGAUGUUAGAAGGGGACAUUGAGGUUCCAUCAAUUCCAGAUAGACCAAUGACUCUUGAGAACCACAUGUUUAUCAAUGGUGAUUGAGUAGAAAAAGAACAAUGAAAAUUAAGAUGUAAAGAAAAUAUUUAUGUUUAUAUAUAAAACAAAAGUUAUGGUAGAGAAGUGGGAUACAAAAAAGUAUUUGUGGAAAACUAUUGAACCAAGAAACUAGCCUAAAUUGGAAUGUAGAAAAUUGCUUUAAAAGCUCAGGAUGCUAUUCAAUAAGUACUUAUUUAUUACU